AGGUGGGGCUACGGCAGCCGGAAAGGGCCUUGCUGUCACCUUGGCCAUGGCGGCCGGGCCGCCCCCGCCGCUGGAGCCGAGUCCGCUGCCCACGUUCCCUGAGGAGGGAUUCGCGGAGAAGUUCGUGCGCAAGACCCGCGAGAACCCCCUGGUGCCUCUCGGCUGCCUGUGCACCGUCAGUGUCCUGGUGUACGGAAUCAUCUGCUUCAAGAAAGGCAACACUCGGCGCUCCCAGCUGAUGAUGCGGGCGCGUGUCAUAGCCCAGGGCUGCACCUUCGCCGCCCUGCUGGGGGGCAUGAUGGCCACGGCCAUCAAAUCCCGACAGUGACAUCGGACAAGAGCGAAGCUGCGGCCACGGGCAAGUGUCUACAGCAGCACUGGCUGGGGAUGGAGUUUUCUGAGAGACUGUUGUGAUGUCGCAGCAGAGCCAGUUCUGGAGCACUGGAAAUGGGGUGAAUACACUGUGCGAUUAACAUGCAA